AUGGCGGAAAUCGGCGAACGGUUGGAUGCUCUGCAGGACGAAGGCAGCGCGUCGCGUGACGAAGACGGUGGCAUGCUGGCCGGGGAAUCGACGGAAAAUGUUAGUGAUGAAACAGAAGAGAAGGUAGAUGCUGCCCCGCGUGGCACACUUGCCGAUGGAGGACUGGACGACGACACGAGCAAGAACGGCGAAGCCGAACUCGUCGUGCUGAAUGUGACCGCGGACGGGCGCGUGAAGAGCUCCGUCACGGUGGAAGUGAACAAGGAGGCGGUGCGUGCGGGCUUCGUCUUGGCUGGAAUGCGCGUCCCCGGAGCAACGAAGAGCUCGGGCGCGGACUGCGACAAGGGCCCCGACGGCGCGAUGAAGAACGCCGUCGUGGGCAACAUGAACGACAAGGGCGGUGCGAAGGAGGGCACUGGCCCGAAUGAUAUGGCAAACGCGGGUGGUGCGACGGAAAGCACUAUCCCGAUCAAAACGGAAGAAGCAGCGUUGGGUCUGGACGCUGGAGGGUUACCCCGCGAGGUUACCUCUGGCACGGACACGCUGGAAGAUUGCAUUGAAGAUGCUGAGGUCGCGCGGUUGGAGCGGUUCUCCACCGUGACCAAGGCAAACGACACGGCCGAGUCGGAUACUCAGGGCCGUGCCGAGGAGGGCGGAACACCUUCGACUGAGAGUACCAAGGGUAGAGCGUCUCAGGCUCGCUAUGGACGCCUGUUCACCGACCGAGAGCUGGAGCUGCUCGAACAGGGUGAGUAUGGGCUGGCGAGCGACGAACCUGAGGAGUACGACAAGGAGUUGGAGGAACGGCUGUUCCCCCGUGACGAAGUGGAGAUGAAGCGGCGGAUGCAGGAGAACGCCGCGAGGUAG